GGAUUCGGCUUCAAGGGCAGCAAGUUCCACCGUGUUAUCAAGGACUUCAUGAUCCAGGGAGGAGACUUCACCCGUGGAGAUGGCACUGGAGGAAAAAGCAUCUAUGGGGACCGUUUUCCUGAUGAGAACUUCAAGCUGAAGCACUAUGGCCCUGGCUGGGUGAGCAUGGCCAACGCUGGCAAGGACACCAACGGUUCGCAGUUCUUCAUCACCACAGUGAAGACGCCAUGGCUGGACGGCAAGCACGUGGUGUUUGGCAAAGUGCUGGAGGGCAUGGAUGUGGUGAGGAAGGUGGAGAACACCAAGACAGACAGCCGGGACAAGCCCCUGAAGGACGUCACCAUCGCCGACUGCGGCACCAUCGAGGUGGAGAAGCCAUUUGCCAUCGCCAAAGAGUAAUCCUCACUCCCGGCUCUGCGACAUGGCGCAGGGCCCUGCGCUCUGCAAGGGAC